GCACGGAGCUGCUGGCUCUCUAUAUCCAGCGGCUCAGAGGCGCUCCGACUCCAUUCACUUCAGAGUCCCACACAGCCAAGGACCUGUGCAGACUGCUGCAAGACAGGCUCUGGAUAGCACGACCGGACAACUUUCCCCCCCAUGAGAGGAUCUUCUCGUUUGGAUUAUAUUCUUUUAGGACUAUUAAACACUAUCAUAGAGAAAAUAAACGUGCGUCUUACUUCUGUCUGCUUCUAACAGAUAAAUCAAGACAUAUGAGUAAACUUGGCUGAAGUGUGAAGCCUGUUUGUCAGAGGGUGAAGGACAAGUGCAAUGCGCGUCAGACUUGUCUCUUGGGAUUGUCCCACUUGCGCCUGAGGAGCUAUGCCGAGCCGCCGCGCAGAGCUGGUUCAAGAGGACGCGGUCCAAUGUGAAUAAGAAUCAGACCUGCAGCCUCUUCAGCCGCGUCCGAGCAAGUGCAGCACGGAGUCUGACAGAGUCUGAGCCGCUCCGACACCCCCGCUUUCUCUCCCCGAGGGGAUGGUUGUGGAUCCUGCGGGGCCAGGAGCGAUUCUGCGGCUCCUACAGAACAGCACCUUUUUCUCGCACGGGGUUAAAUCGAAAUUAAAGGGAGAUGAGAGCCGCACUUUGUUCCUUCCUGCUGUGGACGACGUACCUGCUGCUGGCCACCUCUGAGGAAGUGGAGUUUCCCCAGGAGCUGAUAGACAGACUGUCCCACAGUGAAAUCCACAGCAUCAGCGACCUCCAGCGGCUACUGGACAUUGACUCCGUAGGUACGGGAAACGAUGUCAUCGAGGAGCCCAAGCACCACAAACACCACAACCACCAUAAGAACUACUCCCGUCAUCCUGGUUACUACAACGACCUGAAGAGCUCGCAGCUCCACAGUCGCCGCAAGAGGAGCAUCGUAGAGGAGGCGGUCCCGGCGGUGUGUAAGACGCGGACGGUGAUCUACGAGAUCCCCAGGAGCCAGGUGGACCCCACGUCUGCCAACUUCCUGAUAUGGCCCCCCUGUGUGGAGGUGAAGCGCUGCACAGGCUGCUGCAACACGAGCAACAUGCGCUGUCACCCCUCCCGCAAGCACCACCGCACCGUUAAGGUAGCAAAGGUGGAGUACGUGAGGAGGAGGCCCAAGCUGAAAGAGGUCUUUGUGCGGUUAGAAGACCACCUGGAGUGCGUGUGCACGUCACAGCACCAUGUGGUAGAGCACUCAGACGCAGAGACAGUGGACGUGAGGUGAGACCAAUCAGAACCAGGGACUUCAGUGUGGGAGGGACCUAAACAGAGGAUGCCACCAACAGGAGACCUGCUCUGUCCUCUUCCCCACUGCCAUGCAACCUUCGUUUCAAAACUAAAAAAAAAAAACUUGUGUAAAGACGGAAGACUGACAAAAUAGACAGCAGACAAAGAUAAAUAAGAUGCCAAAGGUGCUUUUCCUUAAAAAAAAACAGUAACCAGUGAUGUCUUCCUCUGUGGUACGCCACCCACCCAGACAACUGAACCCCGCCGCUGAUUCAGAAGAGAAGAGAAAGAUGCCGCAGAGCUGCAGAAAGAGGCCGAAGGGAGAUGAUGAAAGGGAUUUGUGUUGAACAUUUUGGCAGACUUUGUUUGAACGAGACGCACAACAGAAAUGGCCAUGAAACAGAUGGACAUGCUUUCACAGGAAUCUGGUGCUCAGACUCCAAAACAGCGGUGGAGGACCUCCUGCUGGGCAACAUAAAAGUGCCCUGCCCUGUUUAAAUGACUCUUGCAUACACAGGAAGGAUGAAAGAAAGAGGGAUAUAGGAAAACAAUACAGAGAGAAGAGAGAGAGAGAGAAAGAGAGAGGGAGAGAGAGAAAGAGAGAGAGAGAGAGAGAGAGAGAGAGAUAGACGGCAAAUGGAGGUGUGGUUUGUUUUGUUUUUUUCAAAAGACUUUAUGGAGUAUCAAACAUUUUGAGUUUUGGGAUGUUUGCUCCGAGUAAAGAGGAAAUCUUCAGUGAGACCCCUGGCGGUCUGUGACUUUGCCCACUCGCUAUGUACAGUUAAAUUUGAGAAGGAAGAUGCGCCGCUACUUACAAACUAUUUAUACGUGUGGACGUUUGCUUUCUGUCUCUUCCAGUACAAAAGAAAGAAAGAACAAAAAAGAUGUUUGAAUGAUUCUGGAGAAGCGCAAGAGUUCAAUGUGGUUCUUUGUAACCAUCAGCAUCACAAUCUCAAUGUCAUUUUGUUUUUUUAGUCGAUGUUAUUCUUGUCAUCCAUGUUUCUUAUUAUAUUACAGUAUAUCUGAAUGAUGUCAAGUCUUGUAUAUGGUUUGGAUAUAUGUGUGCAAGGAGGACAUGUGAGAGUCAGUGCAGGAAGAUGCUUUAUUUUUGUUAUGAAAUAUAUUAAGCUUACUUAUAUCCAAGCAGGAAUUAUGUUUAUUUUUUUGUUGUGGUUGAAUGCCUGUAUUUAAUCAAUUGGAAGAGAUGCAAAAAUGUGGGCAGGUGGUGGAAUAUGUAAGGGAGAAAAGGCUGCCAGUGCUUGUGAGGCCGUGUGCAUCAGUGGGGAUACAGUGGCUCAAACAUGGCAACUUCAUAGUGAAUGUCCAUACUGCAGCUUUUUCUACAGCCAUGACAAGCACUGCCCAAUCUUCAAUGUAACAAGUGACAUUUCACACAAACAUGCAAACAGCACAUUAAAGUGUGUUCUUGCCAGUUUCACAAAAAAAAUGCUAGAGUGACUCUAGUGUGCAUGUGUAUGAGGUGGGAUAGGCUGUGUGUGUGUGUGUGUGUGCGUGUGCACUCACACACGAUUUCUCUCCUGCAUGAGGCUAUUUUUCACCCAUAUCACUCUAACGUUGAUAAGGAAGAUGCCCGCCCGUUCUGCUUCACAAGCAUGUUGUACCAGCAAGGAGCAAAGUCCACCUUAAAGAGUGAAUGAGAGAGCGAAGCAAAUCGACAAGUGCAUGAAUGGGCUCCCUGUGUAGCCAGGCUUUGCUCCUCUGUUGACAGGAGGACAAAUCUCUGAUCACUCCACCCCGUGAUGGUGCUCACGCCUUAUGCAGCCGCAUACCGUCAGGACAGGUGACGAUGAGCGCCUGAAAACAGAGCAGCGCCGCCCUGAACCUGAGCGAUUACUUCCUCACCAGUUCCUGUAACAGUGAUGAAUGUGUAACCAGGACGAGGCAGUGCAACAACAGCAGUCGUCUUGCACUCAGUGCUUGAAUGAGGAAGUUCGGCGGAGGUUUUUCUAACGAAAGGGUUAGUCACUGCAGCGUGAAGUGAGUCAAGUGAAAGUCAAACGAGAGACAUGGCUGUAUCAGCUUCUGCGGAGCUGUGUGCGUCAGAUCACACACACAUACACACAGCUCCCCUGUGAAUGAGCUAACCAUCAGUUGACUGGUGCUAUAUUUAUAAAGCUGAUGUUUCAUCACUGUUCACAUUCACAUCAAUGUAAAAUAGUGUUCUGAGUAAACCAGGGACCACGCUAUUUGAUUAAAGAAAGUGCCAUUAUGCCAUCACUAAGCCCUUAUUAUGUUUCUCCUGGGCUUCCAUUGGUUAAAGACAGCAAUAAUCAUAAUUUAUAUAUUUAUGUUUUCAACAAUAAAUAUAUUUCUGCUUAUGAAACUGUU